AUGCACAGCCACUUGUCAUACUACACGAAACAUUUAUAUCAAUCAUGCAUGCACAACCCAUCUUGCAUUUCAAUAUCUAAAAAGAUCCGGCUUUGGUGGCCUUGGAUACGCUUGCUUCGCGCAGCACCAUUUUUCCGGUGGGCGCCGUCGGGGUUGUUAUAUAUGGUGGUUUGUCGGUAGCAUUUCAGGCUCUAAAAUGCAGAGAAACUCCCUGAGAGAACACGAGCGAUAUAGGCGUGGCGUGCGCAAAGAUAUCGACAUGGGCGCCCGUUCUUAGCAACGAUCUGUUACUUCUG